AAUAUCAAAAAACUUUAACAUCAAAUAAAAAAGAGGGACUUGCGCGACAAUUUGUCUCUUCAGAAAAGAUUCUACGUAUUAAAAUACACAAAUUUACAAAGUUAGAUGACAAAGUUAGAAAAUUAGAGAAAAAACCGUUCUAUUACAUAUUAAUAUAAAAUAGUAAAAAAAUACGGUUUUUUUUUCAACAAAAUUAUAAUUAUAAAUUAUAAAUAGCCCGUUGGCUAUCUCAAAAUGCUUUAUCUACAUGAUAGUGCAAGCGUCCUAGCUUCAUAUUUUACAUAUACUUAUUGCACAACUUUUUUAUCUCUUAUUUACCUACAGUACUUGCAGUAUUGUGCACUUUUGUUUGUCUUGUCUCGAAAUUUUAGCGAUUUAAUAAUUUGCUGAUACAGUAAUAAUAAUGUAUUCUAUAAUAUGGUAAUUCUGUAGGUAUUUUUUGUAACCAUUUAUCGCCGCAUGACUAAUAACGUGACUAAUAAUAUGACGUCUCUUGACUUUUUAGCUUACCAUAAAAAGUCAUUGACGAAACAACAAAUCAUCACACUAGAAUUUGUUAUCAAACAUAAAAAGGAGAUUACAAAAGAGAGUUUAACUAAUAAUGCUACUUUUGCGUUUUCCUCUUAUCGGUGUACUUCAAUAGCUUGGAAAACCUGUGCCGGUUACUUUUUGUACUGACUGAAAUCUCUCAUUUACAAUGCGGUUAAUUGUGUUGGUGUAUCUUUUAUUCCUUUGCAAUUUCCUCGACUCUGUAGGGGCUGGGAUACUCAACUUCCCGGAGGAAUGUUUGAAGAAUGUAUUCACAAGGAUGUUGCGAAUAAGCAGAGAACAGUCAAACUUCAGCAAGUACGCUUCUUCCAAAGUGUAUCUUAGAAAGGAAUCAAUAAUACAAAAAGAGGGUUAUCCGGAGGAGAUUCACGUAAUACCAACCGAGGAUGGUUAUCUCUUAACACUUUAUCGUAUCACAGGUAAAAACGGAUCGUUACCUGUGCUACUGCUACAUGGUCUUUUGAGUAGUUACACCGAUUGGGUCAUUUCCGGCAAGAAUAAAGCACUUGCUUUUAUAUUAGCCGAUCAAGGAUAUGAUGUUUGGAUGGGUAAUUUUCGUGGGAAUACUUACUCAAGAGCACAUAUUUCUUUAUCUCCGUCGAGUUCAAAAUUCUGGAAUUUCAGUUUUCAUGAAAUGGGCAUCUAUGAUUUACCAGCGAUGAUUUCGUUUAUCACGAAUAUAACAUUGCAACCAUUGCACGCAUACAUCGGUCAUUCGAUGGGCACAACUGUCUCUUACGUGAUGGCAGCGGAACGGCCGGAAAUUGCUCAAAAGGUGCGAUUAAUAAUUAGUCUCGCACCUCAGGCCUUUCUGAAACAUAUGAAAAGUCCAAUACGCUACUUGGCGCCUUUCGCGGAAGAUGCUCAGGAGCUUUUGCAUAUUCUUGGCCAAGAUGAGUUUUUCCCGGAAAGUUGUGUGACGCGCUUUCUAACCAAGCUUACUUGCAACAACGUAAAUCUUCAGGAACACUUUUGCACCAAUGUGAUAUUUCUGCUCUUCGGUUUUGACAGUGAACAAUUCAAUACUUCUUUAUUACCUACGAUUGCGAAUAACAAUCCAGCCGGUAGCUCGACCAAAACGAUAAUACACUUUGCCCAGGGAUACAAAUCCAGUAAGUUUCGUCAAUACGAUUACGGACGUGUAAAAAAUCUAUACAUUUACAAUGCAAUAGAACCGCCGGACUACAAUCUCGCAAACAUCACUGUGCCGAUUGCAUUGUUCUAUGCCGAAAAUGAUUGGCUGUCUAGUAUCCCGGAUGUGAAGAAGCUCAGCAGCCUGUUACCCAAUGUAGUGGAAGAAUAUAAAGUGCCAUUUUCCAGAUUCAAUCACUUGGACUAUUUAUGGGCCAAAGAUGCACCUCAGCUCGUUUACACAAAGCUACUCGAAGUUAUAAUGCCGAUGCAUUAGUAGUCAAUUAAAUAAAGCUCAUUAGACUAUGAAUUGGAGAUUGAGGAUUGCAAAUUAAAAUCCUGCAUAAAACGUCGGAUUGAGAAGAAUUAAAAAAUUGACAUUUUGCAAAAAGCAAAAUUCAAAAGAUAUUAGAUCAGAUUCAAUUAAAUAUCUUCUGAAUUCUGUUUUUUGAGGAUUCAAUUCAUUUCAAAUAUUAACUCUUUCAUUCAAAAGAAUUCACUUGACUCUGAACAUUCUUCGCAUUCAAUCGUAAUAAGAGGCAUUCAAAUGAAUGCAAACCCUCGCAUUAAACAAGAUUCAGUUCUUCUGCUAAUUGUUGUAGGAUUCAGAGGCAUACAAGAUUGCAUGGUUCUAUUCUUAAUAUCGCAUUGAAAAGUAUUAUUGACCAUGAUCCAAUCCGAGAUUUUUGCAAAAUUAGAAUUCACGAUAAAAUCUCGUGAAUGCGAAACACUAUUUUUGAAUAAGAUAUUUUAUGCAGGGAGACUAAAUACAAACAAUCAGGUAUAUCGAUAUAUAAUUUUAAUUCGUUUUUAUUGUGAUUAAUCUGCAAAUUCAAAUAUUUAUUUAUUUUUUCAAUGCGGAGUAUAAUACAAACUUAAUGUUGAUAAUCAGAAUAAAAUUUUUAUAAUAAUAAAAAAUAAUCUUUGUCUUCUCUGUCUAUAUUUAAUCUGCACGAGAUAUAUCUAUAUGAAUUAAUCUGCUUUCCUCACUGAUCAAAAAUUGUUUCGAUCGAAUUUCUGUUCACAUCUACAAAACUUAAAGUUGAGCUUAAAAUUGUAUUAUUUUGGUUUCCUUGUCCAUUUCCGGCAAAUUAUCAUUUAUUGAUGUAAAAUAUAUUUUAAAAUAAUA